GUGGUGGGCUCUCUGUGUGCCUCAAAUGGAACAGCAGGUUGGCAGAGAACAGUUCUCAGUCCAAUCUUGGUGUUAAUUUCCAUUGCUGACAAAAGCUUGGGUGAGAACUCAGGGCUUUGUGGGCCUGAUUUUGUCUGGAUUUCAGAGUUAUUAGAGGGUCCAGACAUCACCUUGAGGAGGGUGGUAUUGUAACAACCUACAACAUGUUUGGGAGCAGCAUGGCUUCAGUGUCUUGUUUUCACCAUAUAUCCCACAUUCCCUGGCACUGUUGAGGGGCAGCUGUUCCUCAGGACCUGCCAAGUGCCAUAUGCCCUGAAGGCCAGAAACUGGUACAGGAGUCACUGGCUGUAAGACUUACUGUGUCUAGGAAGGAAACAAAAUUGAUACAGAAACACUGGGUGUGAAUAAUUGGGAUUGGAGAGACUGCUGCAAAUGAGAAUGGGUAUGCCCAUGCUAAAAACACAUCCAUAAACAUUCAAGUCACUAUUGCUGGAUGAGAUCAUGUAUGGAGAUUGUCAUGCUCUCUGGGGCUGUCUCAUUCUUAUGACCAGGGUCAGUGGCAGAGCAAAGAAUGUAGUUUUCCUCAAUUUCUGUGCCUCCGUGGGCUCUUCAGCUGAUGUCUUUGCUGCAUGGGCAGGAACCCUGGGACUGAGAAUAGAACUGUAGUCAACAUGCAGUAUACUGCACACACUGUACAGUUUGAUUCUUCUGACUACAAUUAAACAUUAUCCCUCAGGUACUGAUGUGAUGGUUUCUACUAACCUAGACUGGGUGAUUAUCUUCCUCACUCAGAUGAAAGUUGGGAUCCUGGGAAACUCCUCACUUCUUUGUUUUUAUACUUUCACUUUGAUCACUGGACGAAGUCUCAGACCCACAGACCAAAUCCUCAACCAACUUGUCCUAGCCAACUGCUUAGUUCUUUUCUCCAAAGGGAUCCCUCAGGAAAUGGCAGCGUUUGGACUGAAAUAUUUUCUGGUUGUUGCUGGAUAUAAACUUGUCUUCUAUUUUCAUAGAGUAGCCAGAGGGGUUUCCCUCAGCACUACCUGCCUCCUUGGUGGCUUCAAAAAAAAAAAACUUUGUCCCAGUAGCUCUAAGUGGAUGGAGCUCAAAAUUAGAAUCCCAAAGUACAAUGGCUUCUGCUGUUCCUCUUGCUGGAUCCUGAGUCUCCUAGUAAAUAUGCAUGUUGCUAUAAAGGUGCAUGGCCCAAGCAACACCAAAAAUAUAAGUUUGGAAAAAGUAUAUGAAUACUGUUCUGGGCCCACUCCAGACAAAUUUACAAGCUUACUGCUGGCAAGCAUAAUAUUUUUCAUUGAUGUAUUUUUGUGUCUCAUGGUCUGGGCUAGUGGCUCCAUGGUCCUUGUCCUGCACAGACACAAGCAGCGAGUCCAACACAUUCACAGCAACAGCCUCUCCCCGAGACCUUCCCAUGAGGCCAGAGCCACACGCACCAUCCUGAUCUUGGUGAGCUUCUUUGUUUUACUUUAUUCUCUUUCCUCCAUUUUGACUUUCUGUGUAGUCCUAAGUGUGAAUCCAGCUCUAUGGCUGCCGGGUCCCUCAGCACGGCCGCCGCCACCGAGUCCCCAAGCGGAGGGGCCACAGCCCAGUGACCAGGUCGGACUCGGCGUGGAUACUCCACGCAGACCGCGGUCUCCCCAGCCCCGAGACCCGCCCCUGUGCAUUGCGCACAAGACCUCCUUCUGUGCCUUCUUGCCCCGUCAACUGACCCCCAACACCACACACCUCGACUUUCUGACGAGCUCCUCAGACUCCACAGCAAUCAAAAUGUCCGCCACGAAGACAGCCCUCUCCCGGAGGUUCGCCCUCCCGGAAACGCACCCUUUCUGGAUUUUCAUUGGAUCAACGUUGCUGCCUUAA